AUGGAGCGGCGAUCGGAAGAGGAUGAGAGCGAAAAGGAGCGGAAGAAACUAGAGCGGGAGAAGCGUUUCGGCCGGCAAGCGCUGGCUGAGGUGCCGAGCGCCGCGCCGGCCAGGCCAGCUGCCGUACGGGAGGCAGAGCCUGAACUGGACCUGCCAUCAAUGAGACACGGCCCAAUUGUGGGCACGUGUCAAGACAUGUGCCACAAGGAGGAGCGCGACCGGAGGGCCCGAGAUAAGCAGCUGGACGUGUUUGAGCGGCUGGACGGUGACCCUGAGCGGACGUCCGCAGACCUGUGCGUCCGAAAGUUCAGCCGCAACAUCUCUGAGUCGGGCCGCGCAGAGCCGGAGCACAUGCGCCCGGUCCCCGUGCUCCGCCGCACGAUGGACCACUUAUUGAGCCUGGCGGACAUAGCGUAUGACGAGCGGCUGCUGGAGGUGUACCGCUUCUUGUGGGACAGGACACGUGGCAUCCGCCAGGACAUGGUGGUCCAGGACAUUAAGAACGCAGCGUCGAUCCAGAUGCACGAGGAGAUGAUUCGGUUCCACAUCUUGGGCGCGCACGAGCUGUGCGACCAAAAGGCGACCCCCGACAACUUCGACGGCUUCAACCCGCAGCAGAACAUCGAGCAGACCGCCAAGGCGCUGACGUCACUCUUUGACAUGUACAACACGCACGCGCGCGAGGGCGUCUUCUUUGACACCGAACCCGAGUUCCGGGCGUACUACCUGCUGCUCAUCCUGGAGACGCACGCCGAGCACUUCAAGGUGGAGCAGGGCCAGACGAACCAGUUCCUGCGCGGGCUGCGGCCCGACGUGCUGCGGUCGCCGGAGGUGCACUUUGCCAUCCGGGUUCGGAGGACGCGCGAAAUGAAGAACUACGUGCGCUACUUCCGGCUGGUGCACGAGGCGACGUACCUGCAGGCCUGCCUCAUGCACAUCUACUUCGGCAUCGUGCGUGGCGAGGCCGUGGAGAUCAUGAAGCGGGUCCACCGCCAGUCGGGAGACGCCAUCACUGCGGAGGAGCUGCAGAGCGACAUGGGCAUGGACGAGGAUGAAGUGGAGCCUUUCCUAGAGUACUACGGCCUGUCGCUAGUUUCUCUCCCCAGCGGUCAAACGGGGCUGCGCCUGUCGCGGGAGGAGCGCCUCGAGCCGCAGCUGAAGCCGCCCGCCGCACGCCACUCCGGCGUCGUCGCUGGAAAACGAGCGGAACGGGUCAUUCAAGAUGUGUUGCACGCGGGGACGGCAGGUGCCACCGCUUCGUCUCACGGUCCCCGGCCCCCCCUCCUCUCCUUGCAACCGCCCUCCUUCACUGCUUCAAAACCUCCGCUGUCGCCUCCCCGCAAACCCCGACCGCCUAUCCAUAUUCCGCCCCUUUUCGAUGAAGCUCUGGCGCAAAAUCCUGCACUCGGAACGUCACCCCAGGCGGCGUCUCCCGUUAGAUCCACUCCGGAACCUCUAGAGAGUCCUGGAACCCAGGCGACCGAAGCCGAGGCGCAAAAUUUGCUAGAGGUGCGCCGAGCGGAGGAGCGGAAAAUGGCGGAGAUCGAAAAAAUGAGAGAGGAGAUUGCGAGACGGGAAGCGGCGGACCGGAAAGCGGCCCUAGAGGCGGCGGAAAAGAGACGAGCGGAACUCGAGGACCGGAAACGGCGCCAAGAGGAAGCGGAGGAACGGAGGCGAGAGGAAGAAGAACGGAGGCGGAAAUGGGAGGCGGAACAGGCGAGGCUGCGGGCGGAAGCGGAACGGAGGAGGGUCCAAGAGGAGGCGCGGAGAAAAGCUGCGCUGGAAGAGAAGAAACGGCGCCAGGCGGCGGCCCUCCGCCGGCUGGUGGUGUUCCUGUGCAAGAAGAGCGUCGAGGAGCGCGAGCAGGAGCGGCUUCUUGAGGAGGCGCGCGCGCGCGCCGAGCGCGCCGCGGCCGCGCUCGCGACCGUGUCUGUUCCGGGGGCUGUGAGGCCGUCCGGAGAGGCGGCCGGGUUGUACGGAGUUGUGGGCCGGGAGGUCGAGCAAGUCACCUCCACUGCCUACGAACUCGAACGCCUCGGGGGGGAGCUCGCUGCCCAAAGAGAGACCCUGUGGGCCCCCCUGGAAAAGAAUCUCAUUGCCUCUGUCGCCGCCGGGCUGCAAAUCCACAGCCCCGAGGCGCGGUGCCUCGCUUUCAAGCUACUGGUUAGCACCGGUUUGCAAAACCGCACACAAGAAGGAGAGGCUGGACAUAGGUUUGAGAUAGACGGAACGCGCGAAGCGGAAAGCAGUGCUGUGCAAGAGCGGUUUGUCGACGGGAGUUGGGGAUACGAUGAUAACGGGCGCUGGGGGAGGGUUGAUGAAGGAGAAAGGAGGGGCAGGCGAUCGGUGUUUGAGCGACUGAGUGGACCGUCAACCUCUCAGAUUGCGGACGUCAGCAUUACGGAAGGGAGGGUUGAACGGGGAGGGAGGGGCCGUCCCGCUGUCGAGACGGGGCUCUGGAUAAGGGCAAAGCUGAUGAUGGACGGAACGCGAACGGAAUAUGGCGCAGCUUUGAGUCGAGGGGAGGGGGAAGGGAACGGAGAGGCAAGGCUUGCGGAAGGCGUCUUUGAUGUUUCGGGGGGUUUUCAAGGCGAAGCGCAAGCAAAGCGCCAGUACGUGUGGCUGGCAGCGACUGAAGUCGAGCAAUUAGAACCGAGGUCGGACCAAGAACGGAGACCGGCUUUGGAGAAGACGGUUUCUGGAUCAAGUGCGAUUGUGCACGUUUUGCACGCGGCGGGCUUGCGAGAGGUUGCAAUGCUGUUGAGAGAUCGGGAGCGGUUGCAGAGAAUCGUGGAUGUUCUUCCCGAGGGGGCCGGAGUUCCGCUCCUGGUGGUGGCGGGCUGUCCGCGAGCGGAAUGGGCGGAAGCGGAAGCGGACGAAGGGGCGGGGCAAGAAGAGGUUUUGGAUAUGGACGACGAGGAGCAGGAGAAUGGAACAAGGGCUAUGGGGGCGGAACGGAACCAAGUAGGGAACUUUUGGAAAGCGAACGGAGAUAUGGGCGGCGCAACUCUCCCGGCGGAAGAUGAAUCCGACGAGAUGGAGGCCGGAACGAACGGAACCGUUACCGGAAUGGAGCUGGUGCCCGUGGGCUCAGUCGACGAUGACCUCAUGGGUGACGUCGUCGAUGACGUGGCAGGAGUGCCGUGGGGCGAGUGGAACGAGAGCGACGAGGAUGGAGCGGAGGCGGCGGUGGGCGAGGCGCUGGGCCUGGACGAACUAGGCGUGGACGACGGGCGGCUCGGGGAGUGGCGGGUGGUGUUCGUGGGGGAUGCGGGCGACGCUGCAGCCACCAACAGUCUCCUACUCAGCGGUCUCCACUGGCUGGCGGCAAACUCCCGACAUCAACCCCCGCUAAGACCCUUGAACCUCCCCAAUCUCACGCGAGCCUUCUUACGUCCCCUUCUCAACGAAGUCGACCAAAGCUCGGCGGGCCCUGCAAACCGGAUUCCCGCCUUCAACGCCGCGCUUGAAACGGCCGAGAAGGCUGUUAACAAGGCCCUCUCCGAAGCGCCCCUGAACUGGCCGCCCCCGGAAGUGGAUGCUUACGAAGGGCCCCGGAAAUGGGCGCUCCAGGGCCUGCCACGUGUUGGGUGGAGCGCGCGCCCAGGGCCGUCGGAUGCCGCCAUCGGACGGCUGAGGGCGGCCAGGCUGCCCGCCUUCGGAGAGUUUCAGGAGCGCUUUGAAAUUGAGGAUGCGAAUAGAGCGAGAGGAAGUGUGAAUAAGCUCUUGGCAACGGUUAUGGGGGGGCGGGAAAACGAUGCGGCGGUGCAGAGAGAAGGGAAGAGGCUGCUUGAGAAGGGGAGAAUGGCAUACGGGCCGGAAGGGGGGGUGUGGUACCAGCCAGACUGGGGGGCCAUUCUUGAGGCGAUCUUUGAGCUGCGCCUCUCGUCUCUCCACGCCCUCCCCCCCUUCACGGUCUACGUCCGGUCUUCCGACCUUCCCCCCGAAGAGAUUAACCUUAAUCCCCUGGAAGCGGACAACGAGCUCGUCCAAUAUCUAGAACCCCCCGGGCCGUUGUUACCAGCGACUUUUGAGAGGGCAAGCGACGAAGGAAUCACGGCAGGGGGGCCGGAGAAUCAGAAACACGAGCAGCUAAGUCCGAGCCCGGGUACAGGGUGGGCCAUGGAAGUUGGAGAACCGAUCAGUAGCGGGGGAGGGAAGGGGGAUCCCCCGGAAGGUUUUGGAAGCGUCGUGAGCGAGAGGGCCUUCGACCGCUGCGAAUUCCUGAGACAGCAGCAGCAGCAGAGCGACGGUUUGAGCGGUGCGAAUGGGCGUUGGAGAGGUGGUGUGAAUGAGCCUGAGAAUGUUCUUGUGGGCGGUGUGAACGGGCUCGAAGACGUCCGGGACGGUGGUGUGAACGGGCCCGAGAACGAUCAGGCGGUCGAUGUGAACUUGGCGCCCCAUUUGAUGGUGGCGGAGCCAAUCCGGGAGGGGCGGGCUUUCGUGGCCCAGGAUGUGCCACGUGGCCCAGUUAGAGGCUCGCUGAUGCAGCCGCGACGGCUGCAGCGGCUGUUCUCGGGGGUGGCGCUCGAGAGCGGACUGGCGACUGCGCCGGCCAGGGGAGAUGACGACAUGCUGAUGUCUUUGUCGCCGUCUAGGAUCGCGUACGGGCUGGCAGCUCCCCAGGUGGAAGGCGAGAGGGGCGAUGCGCCUUCAUUGGAGACACGUGGCGUUUUGGGAAUGGCCGGUGACACUGAACGAUGGGUUGGUUUCGGCAACGGGACAGAAGGGGGGAAGGAGGACGGAAGAGAAACGGCGAAGACUGGCGAAGCUUCCGUGGAAAGAGUGCCGGGGUCAGUCGUUGGAACGGUCGCUAGCCCGCCAAUAGCAGAACGCCACGAGGCUUUGUCCAGCAGGGACGCAUGGCAGGUUGGCGCCGGAAUAUGGGGGUCCGGGUCAGGCACGACCGGGGCCACGGGGACCCCCCUGAAACGGAAAACUGCGGCAGACGAGGCGAGGCGGCAGCGAGCGAGGGUCGAGUUUGAGACCAGCCUCGAAACCCUGAGGGUUUACGCGGAGGUGACGGAGCGAGAAGCGGUAGAAAAGGCUGCAGAGGGUUUGGAGGUAUUGGAGAACGUGCGGGGGAGGAAUCAGGGAUUGGGAUUGGGAUUGGCAGCUCGAAGUGGGUUAGAAGCGGGGUUAGACCCAGGUCUUUCCAGGUCAGGGACGGAAACCAGAGCGGGGGAUGCGAAAGAGGGAGGCGACCUGGCGGGCAACAUGGAAGGCGUCACAGGAGAGGGUUUAGAACAUGAGGGAGUCGAAGGUUUGGGAGGGUCAACGGUAAACCAAGCUGGGGUUAGCGAAGGAAGGGGAAGCGUCCUCAGCCCGGAACAGCGUUUUGCUGCGGCUGUUGCGGACCUUGAGAAGGUGGUGCAAUCGGACGGUCCGAAUUUAGACCUCGUUUUACCGGACGCACCAGAACCAACAGCAGUCGUUGAGACUGCCGCUGAGAUGGUUCUGCAAGAGGGGGAGGGGCAUACGUUCUGGCCUAUGGAGGGGGUUGCAAACGAAACUCCUGUUAGUGGGAACGCCCGGGCUCGGUUUGAGGAUUUGGCGAGGAAGACGUUGGAGGCGCUCGGGGCGUCCCCUAGCAGCUGCGCGAAUGACGUCAGCAGCGCAGAGGCACGCUGGAGUAGUCCCCCCUUGAGAGCUCAAUAGCAGAAGCCAGGACUUGUACAAACACUCGGCUAUAUUUGCACAUACGUGCUGGAUGUGAGCUGGUGUGCAUUUGCAGGUCGAAAUGGAUAUAUGCAAGCCGAGCGCUUUUAUAUUAUCGAUGAGCUCUGAGGCUCAGUUGCUUUACCGCGCCGUAAAGAACAGCGAGAUAGGGGAAAUCUUCUGAUUGCUCGUUACAAGUCACGACCUGAGUAUAUGCCUUAUGAUGAUCACGUAAAUUAGGAUCGGACCGAGUUGAGAU